AGAGCCGGUUGGGGAGCCCCGGAACCCGCGGUCGCCACCACGGCGGCGGCCCGGGGGUGGCGGCGUCCGGGCGCCUCUUUUCUCCAGCCGCUCGGAUCGCAGCGCUCGCCCUCCCUCGGCUUCCGAACCCCGGUGCACACCCCAAAGAGGAGAUAAAAUGCACACUUGCUGCCCCCCAGUAACUUUGGAACAGGACCUUCACAGAAAAAUGCAGAGCUGGAUGCUGCAGACUCUAGCUUUUGCUCUAACAUCUCUCGUCCUUUCGUGUGCAGAAACCAUCGAUUAUUAUGGGGAAAUCUGUGACAAUGCAUGUCCUUGUGAGGAAAAGGACGGCAUUUUAACUGUGAGCUGUGAAAACCGGGGGAUCAUCAGCCUCUCUGAAAUUAGCCCUCCCCGUUUCCCAAUCUACCACCUCUUGUUGUCUGGAAACCUUUUGAACCGUCUCUAUCCCAAUGAGUUUGUCAAUUACACUGGGGCUUCAAUUUUGCAUCUGGGUAGCAAUGUUAUCCAGGAUAUUGAGACUGGGGCUUUCCACGGGCUGCGGGGUUUAAGGAGAUUGCAUCUGAACAAUAAUAAACUGGAACUUCUGCGUGAUGAUACCUUCCUUGGCUUGGAGAGCCUGGAGUACUUACAGGUCGAUUACAAUUACAUCAGUGUCAUUGAACCCAAUGCUUUUGGGAAACUGCAUUUGUUGCAGGUGCUUAUCCUCAAUGACAAUCUCUUGUCCAGUUUACCCAACAACCUUUUCCGUUUUGUGCCCUUAACGCACUUGGACCUGCGGGGGAACCGGCUGAAACUUCUGCCCUAUGUGGGGUUGUUGCAGCAUAUGGAUAAAGUUGUGGAGUUACAGCUGGAGGAAAACCCCUGGAAUUGCUCCUGUGAGUUGAUCUCUCUGAAGGAUUGGUUAGACAGCAUCUCCUACUCGGCCCUGGUGGGGGAUGUGGUUUGUGAGACCCCCUUCCGCUUACACGGCCGGGACUUGGACGAGGUGUCCAAGCAGGAACUUUGCCCAAGGAAACUUAUUUCAGACUAUGAGAUGAGGCCGCAGUCGCCUUUGAGCACCACGGGGUAUUUACAUACCACCCCGGCAUCGGUGAAUUCCGUGGCCACUUCUUCCUCUGCUGUUUACAAACCCCCCUUGAAGCCCCCCAAGGGGACUCGCCAACCCAACAAGCCCAGGGUGCGCCCCACCUCUCGGCAGCCCUCCAAGGACCUGGGCUAUGGCAACUAUGGCCCCAGCAUUGCCUACCAGACCAAAUCUCCGGUGCCUUUGGAGUGUCCCACCGCGUGCACUUGCAACCUGCAAAUCUCCGAUCUGGGCCUCAACGUUAACUGCCAGGAGCGCAAGAUCGAGAGCAUCGCAGAGCUGCAGCCCAAGCCCUACAACCCCAAGAAAAUGUAUCUGACGGAGAACUACAUCGCCCUGGUGCGCAGGAGCGACUUCCUGGAGGCCACCGGGCUGGACCUUCUGCAUCUGGGCAACAACCGCAUCUCCAUGAUCCAGGACCGCGCCUUUGGGGAUCUCACCAACCUGAGGCGCCUCUACCUAAAUGGCAACAGGAUCGAGAGGCUGAGCCCGGAGUUGUUCUAUGGCCUGCAGAGCCUGCAGUAUCUCUUCCUCCAGUACAAUCUCAUACGCGAGAUUCAGUCUGGGACCUUCGAUCCGGUCCCCAACCUCCAGCUGCUAUUCCUGAAUAACAACCUCCUGCAGACCAUGCCCUCAGGCGUCUUCUCAGGCCUGACCCUCCUCAGGCUGAACCUGAGGAGUAACCACUUCACCUCCUUGCCGGUGAGUGGAGUUCUGGACCAGCUGAAGUCGCUCAUCCAAAUCGACCUGCACGACAACCCGUGGGAUUGUACCUGCGACGUGGUGGGCAUGAAACUGUGGGUCGAGCAGCUCAAAGUGGGCGUCUUGGUGGACGAGGUCAUCUGCAAGGCGCCCAAGAAGUUCGCUGAGAUGGAUAUGCGCUUCAUUAAGUCGGAGCUGCUGUGUCCAGACUACUCGGACGUGGAGGUUUCCACGCCCACGCCCUCCUCCAUCCAGGUGCCCGCGAGGCCCAGCGCGGUGACCCCCGCCGUGCGGUUGAACAGCACCGGGGCCCCUGCGGGCUUGGGCGCGGGCGGAGGCGCGUCGUCGGUGCCCUUGUCCGUGUUAAUCCUGAGCCUGCUGCUGGUCUUCAUCAUGUCGGUCUUCGUGGCCGCCGGGCUCUUCGUGCUAGUCAUGAAGCGCAGGAAGAAGAAGCAGAGCGACCACACCAGCACCAACAAUUCCGACGUGAGCUCCUUUAACAUGCAGUACAGCGUGUACGGCGGCGGCGGCGGCGGCGGCGGUGGUGGCGGCGGCGGCGCUGGAGGCCACCCGCACGCGCACGUGCACCACCGCGGGCCGGCGCUGCCCAAGGUGAAGACGCCCGCGGGCCACGUGUACGAGUACAUCCCCCAUCCGCUGGGCCACAUGUGCAAAAACCCCAUCUACCGCUCCCGAGAGGGCAACUCCGUGGAGGAUUACAAAGACCUGCACGAGCUCAAGGUCACCUAUAGCGGCAACCACCACCUGCAGCCGCCGCCGCCGCCGCCGCCGCCGCCGCCGCAGCAGCAGCAGCAACAGCCCCCGCCGCAGCUGCAGCUGCAGCCGGGGGAGGAGGAGAGGCGGGAAAGCCACCACUUGCGGAGCCCCGCCUACAGCGUCAGCACCAUCGAGCCCCGGGAGGACCUACUGUCGCCGGUGCAGGACGCCGACCGCUUUUACAGGGGCAUUUUAGAACCAGACAAACACUGCUCCACCGCCCCCGCCGGCAGUAGCCUCCCGGAAUAUCCCAAAUUCCCGUGCAGCCCCGCUGCUUACACUUUCUCCCCCAAUUAUGACCUGAGACGCCCCCAUCAGUAUUUGCACCCGGGGGCAGGGGACAGCAGGCUGCGGGAACCGGUGCUCUACAGCCCCCCCAGUGCUGUCUUUGUAGAACCCAACAGGAACGAAUAUCUGGAGUUAAAAGCAAAACUAAACGUUGAGCCGGACUACCUCGAAGUGCUGGAAAAACAGACCACAUUUAGCCAGUUCUAAAGGCAAAGAAACUCCCUUGGAGCUUUUGCGUUUAAAACCGACGAGCAAGCAGACACACACCGCGAACACAUUUGAUUAAUUGUGUUGUUUCAACGUUUAGGGUGAAGUGCCUUGGCACGAGAUUCUCAGCUUCGGCGGAAGAUACUGAAAGGGUGUGCCAUUUCCUUUUCAUAUUACACGCGGGGAAACAUUUGUGUAAGCUGGGCACAUCACUUUCCCUUCUUGCGUGUGGAGGAGACAAAGAGUAGGGCUUUACUGAGGGCAAUUUGCUUCGCGAGUGACUUGUUAAAGGUCUCAGUAAUUUUUGUAGUAGUUGGAAGUGUUAAGAAUGGUGGGAGAUGGCAGCGCAUAGAUUCUAUUCUUCCUCUUUUGCUCCCUUCUCCCUCCCCUUCUCCCCCUUUGAGCCAUGGGUGAGUCUAAAUGGCUUUUGUGGAGAGAUUAGCACACCCCAACUUUAAUAGAAGGUUUGUUCUCUCUCUCGCUCUCUCUCUCUCUCCCCCCCGCCCCGCCCCCUUUCUGCUUCCUCUCUUUCUCUGCCUCCCUGCCUUCUUCCUCCUCUCUCAUUCCUUUCCUUUCUUUUUAAAGGAUGUGUUUGUAUGCAUUCUGGACAUUUGAAUUAAAAGAACAAAAGUAUUGUGAUCUUGAAAAGAUCACCAUAGAUGUGGACAAAUCAUUAAAAUUACAGAGCUAUAUGAUCCAUAAUUGAUUAGUCAAAAUAACUUAUUGAUGAAAUAUACAAAUAUUUUAUUGUAGCACCUAUUUUUAUAUGCACAUUUAGCAUUUCUCUUUCCUUCACUAUUUAGCCUAUGAUUUUCACAGAGGUGUCACACUGUAUCAGGAGCUGCAUUUCCAAAACUGAAGUGAUAUCAGGAAGGCAUUUUAAAUCAUUAAAAUAUGGAGAACUUAAUGGCAGAAUCUUAAAAGUCAAUGCAACCCACCCAAUUGGAUCUGUAAUUUAAAAAACAAAAACAAACAAACAAAAAAACAUUGUAUCCCAAUGUAUAAAAGAAAAAGAUUUAGGGCAAUUAAUUGGGCCAUCCCAGUGAGAAUCAUGUGCAAGUUUCUGGUUUUGUUAGAGGAGAUUGAAAAGUAUUUUUAUUAGUCAACCAAAAUGAUGUAUUGAUCUGACUACUAUUGUAGCCAAGUUUUGAUUGUUUAACCAAACCCAGUUGCAUUUGUACAGAUCCACGUGUACUGGCACCUCAGAAGACCAAAUGAUGGACUGUACAAAUCUCUAUACAAUGUCUUUAUCCCUCUGGGCAGCAAGCAAUGAUGAUAACCACGAACAGGAUGUCUGUAAGAUGGGGCUACUGUUGUUACAGUCUCAUGUAUCCCAGCACAUGUAAUUUUUUAAAUAGUUUCUGAAUAAACACUUGAUAACUAUGUCA